AUGACCUGCGUAACGUUCUUUGGAUGGAUCGGAGCGGCUAUUUUACAAUCAUCUCCUGGAAUGUGUUUACCACAGGGCUACGAUACCGCUCGAGCCGUCAGAGAAGAGACCGACCACGGAUAUGUGCCCCCUGAACGCAUACCGAGCCAUAUUGUCUCAAGCCAUGAAGCGUCAGCCAAUGGCGACGCCACUAUUCUCUUGCCGAUCCUAACCAAACAUCUACGGGAGAGUCGACCUUUGGUAAACGAGCUACACAAACAACGUCUCGAAUUGGACUUUUACAUAUCAAACGAAAUACCUACCGAUAGCGUAACCCAAUACAAUGUGAAAUGUCAGAUAAAGCGCCAUCUGGCAAAGAAACCUAUUGAACUUUGGCAGUAUGAGUUCAUCGAUUACCGGUACUCCUCUACAGAGCUGAAUAUGGAGGAUACUGGGAAGAAACUGAUAAGUUAUUAUCGCGAAAAAACAAUCAAGGACUAA